AUGGCGGGCGCGCGAGCCAUCGUCCCGUCACUCGACACGGUGAAAUCUAUUGUCGACAAGCCGCACUCGGGCAGCGGCAGGAAACCGACACUCGUGCCCGUAUAUCGCCAAAUCUCCUCCGACCUCAUCACCCCGUCCGCCGCCUACCUCAAGAUCUCGGCUCAUUCGAACUCGGACUUCUCCUUCCUCUUCGAAUCUGCCGCCACCGAGCAGGUCGGCCGAUACAGCUUCGUCGGCGCCGGCCCGCGCAAGGUCCUCACCACCGGUCCUGGAUAUGGUCCCGAGACGGACCCCUUGCCUGCGUUGGAGGAGGAGCUCGCCCGCCACGUCGUCGCCCACGUGCCCGGUCUCCAGCUCCCGCCCUUGACCGGCGGUGCCAUUGGCUAUGUCGGCUACGACUGCGUCCGGUACUUCGAGCCCAAGACGGCGCGGCCCAUGAAGGAUGUUUUGAAGAUCCCCGAGUCGCUCUUCAUGCUGUUCGAUACCAUUGUGGCCUUUGAUAGGUUCUUUGGUGUCAUCAAAGUCAUUAGCUACGUAACCGUGCCGAACGAUCCUUCCCAAAGCCUGGACGAGGCAUACGAAAAGGCGCGGGCAACGAUUGAGGAGCUCGUCGAUGUGCUGAAUUCACCUGACAUGGACAUCCCCGAGCAGAUGCCCAUCGUGCUCGGCCAGGAAGCUACCUCCAACGUGGGCCGUCAAGGUUACGAGGCCCACGUCACGAGACUCAAGGAGCACAUUGUCAAGGGAGACAUAUUCCAGGCAGUGCCAUCUCAACGCUUUUCUCGUCCUACCAGCCUACACCCUUUUAAUAUCUACAGACACCUCAGGACUGUCAACCCUUCCCCGUACCUAUUUUACGUCAACUGCAAAGAUUUUCAGAUCAUUGGCGCCUCGCCCGAGCUGCUUGUCAAAAGCGAGGCCGGCAGGGUCAUCACGCACCCCAUCGCCGGCACCGUCAAGCGUGGCAAGACGCCGGAGGAAGACCAAAGGCUGGCCGACGAGCUGAGCAGCUCGCUCAAGGACCGUGCUGAGCACGUGAUGUUGGUCGACCUGGCUCGAAAUGACAUUAACCGAGUAGGAGAUCCCUUUACCGUGCGCGUCGACCGCCUCAUGGUGGUAGAGAAGUUUAGCCACGUUCAGCACCUCGUGUCGCAGGUUUCAGGCGUCCUGCGGCCGGACAAGACCCGCUUCGACGCUUUCCGCUCCGUCUUCCCCGCCGGUACCGUCUCCGGAGCGCCCAAGGUGAGGGCAAUGGAGCUCAUCGCCGAGCUGGAGAAGGAAAAGCGUGGCAUAUACGCCGGAGCGGUGGGGUACUUUGGGUACGGAAGCGAAGACGAGGACGGAAACCUAACUGAGGGCGCCAUGGACACGUGUAUCGCGCUGAGAACAAUGAUGACCAAGGACGGUGUGGCAUAUCUCCAAGCUGGUGGGGGUAUCGUGUUUGAUUCUGACGAGUACGACGAGUGGCAAGAGACCAUCAACAAGCUGAGCGCCAACAUGCAGUGCAUCAGCUCGGCGGAGGAACUAUACCACCAGCAGCAGCAGCAACAGAAGUAG